UAUGGUCUAGUACACUUAACUCAUGAAAAUAAACCCGUUUGCAAAACAUGUCACAGUGAAGCACCAUCAUAGAAACGCGGAGUUAUAAUUGUUGUCUAAAACCGUAUGUACGAUUGUCAUAAGGAAACAUGGAACACUUUGAUGUUGAUCUGUUAUUAAAAUUUUGUUUAAUCAGUAUAAUAACAGUAAAUUGUAACGGCGCACCGCCACAAGACUCGUACCAAAGUCAAAUACCUACAUACGGAUUGUAUAAUGCCAGUGAUAAUGUGGUUAUCUUAAACGUCACUAAUUUUAAGUCGUCUAUCUACGGAGACACCAAAGGAUGGUUAGUCGAAUUUUAUAAUAGUUGGUGCGGCUUUUGCUUCCGAUUUGCACCAUUAUGGAAAGCUUUCGCUAAUGAUGUUUACGCAUGGAGAGAUAUUGUAGCCAUCGCUGCCAUAGAUUGUGCAGAUGAUGACAAUAACCCAAUUUGUCGUGAAUAUGAAAUUAUGCAUUAUCCAAUGCUUAAAUAUUUUUCUGUAAAUGCUCAUCCAUCAUCAUUAGGAUUGUUGAUGGAAAAAUAUGAUAAUGUGAAUGAGCUUAGAUAUAAUUUAAUUGAUUUGUUGGAAAAAGAACAGCAAGAAGGACGUGGUACUUCAUGGCCUAAUAUUACACCAUACAGAAAUUAUGAAACCACAAAUAUUUGGAAAGCUGUACAAAAUAGUGUAAAAUAUUUCUUUUUACUAUUCGAAAAGACAGAUUCGCAUUUGGGUGCAGAAGUUAUAUUAGAUACAUAUAAGAUUCCUUCACUGCAAAUAAGAAGAGUAACAUCUGAUAAUGAAUUAUUGUGCGAGUCAAAUAAAAUUACCAAUUUUCCAAGGUUGAUAGUUUUUAAUCGUAAUGACACACAAAAAUCUAUUAAAAUCAGAAUACCCACAAGGGAAGGCACUUAUAACACUAUUAAAGAAUACAUGAUUUCGAAAGGGGAACAUAUAGAAGAGCAUGUUCUUACGAAAAAUCAGUCUGCAGAAAUUGGAAAUCAUAAAUUAAGUAUUAGUGCUCCAAAGCAGUCCCAUGAAACGGAAAAACCAGAAAAUACAGAGAUAACUGGUGAUCACUUGUAUCAGUUAGAUUUAGAGAAUACUUUGAGAUAUUCAAUUAGUCAUGAAAUUCCAUUACAUAAAGUAAUAAAAGACGAAAAGAUGGAUGCAUUACAAAAGUAUCUAAGUGUGUUAGCUGAAUGCUUUCCUCUAAGACACAGCAAUAUCUUCUUAGAAAUUAUUCGCGAUAUAGUUAAAAGAAGAAGUAAUAUAUCUGGAGAGGAAUUUAGUCAAAUAGUAAAAUCUACAGAAGAAGAAAUGUCACCGGUAUAUUCAGGGCCUUCGCAGUGGGUUGGAUGCAAAGGAAGCAAGGAAGGAUAUCGUGGAUACACUUGCGGUCUUUGGACAAUGUUUCAUAUGCUUACAGUCAAUUUUGCUAUUAAACACAAAGAUACCGAACACGAACCAAGAAAAAUACUAGAAGCAAUGCAUGGAUACAUCAAACAGUUCUUUGGAUGCGCGGAUUGCUCUGAACAUUUUAUAGAAAUGGCUGCAAAAAAGAAAAUGUUCGAUGUAUCUAAUACGAACGAUAGCAUACUAUGGUUAUGGUCAGCUCAUAAUGAAGUAAAUGCAAGAUUGUCUGGCGACGGUACAGAAGACCCUAAACACAAAAAGAUUCAAUAUCCGGCAGCAAAGCAUUGUCCAAAUUGCAGAUACGAAAAUGGUACUUGGAACGAAGAAAACAUUUUACAUUAUCUUAAAACAAAGUAUUCCUAUAAAGGAAUCAAUUAUUAUGGCUCGACUAACAAACAUAAGGAUAAUGGUGAUAAAAUGAAUAUAAGACAGGAAAGACUUGUAUUGAAUAAAUACUCAAAUAGUAAAAAGUUUGGAUGGGAUUUUACAAUUUUUGACAUAAGUAUUUGUGUUGUAUUAUAUGCUACAUCUACUCUCAUACUUAUAUUAGGCUGUGUAAAGUUUGCUGUGAAAAGGACCUACAGAAAAAGAGCGUACGUUAACUUACUUGGAAAAGUAUGACUUUUAUUUUUAUUCAUCAAAAUUUGUAAAGUUAAAAAGAAAUACAUUCUAAAGAAAUUGGAAAGAAAAUGAUCAAAGCAUAGCUAUUUAUAUAUUAUAUGUACAUAUUUUAUUCUUUUUUGUCACAAGAAUGUUGUGGUUGUAGCUUAAAGUAAGUUUUAAUUGCAUUUUAAAAGGUGAUGACUUAUUACAUGUAAUUCGUAAUGGGGAUGUAUUUAUUCUUGUUUGAUACAAGUAUUGUAUAUUUGAAAUUAUUAUACCGAAGUUAAAAAACGUGAUAACUAAGUAAAUUUAACAUAUACAAUUUUUGUAAUGGAUUAUCUUUUUUGUCGAAAAUUUCUUAUAAUAUUACUUAAUUGCAGCUAUAAAAGUUCAAAGUUUGAUACGGAUAUUAUCAUAUAUUUAAAACGAUUAUGUUUCAGUAGAAAUUAGGUCAUAAGACACAUUGAAGUUCAUUGUAUAACAUUAAAUGAUACAUGUACUUUUAAACUAGUCCUAAGAAUGUACAAUCAUGUAUUCUAUCAUCAUUUAUAAUAUUUCCAAUAGAGAAUAAAAGUAAGAAUAGAAACCCUUGCACAACAUGUUUUUUUAAUUUUUAUGUGUAAAUAUUGAAAUAAAGGUUAACAUUUGAAUAAAA